GCCCAAGCGCCGACGCCCACUCGUCACAACUGGAUUUCUUCCGUCGAAAGUCGCACGGUUGCCCUCGGUAUCGGGCGUCGCAGUCCUGUCGGUUAUUAUUUAACCAAGUUCUUUCUCAAUAAGCGAAGGAGUUGGAGUUUCUGAAUUCUUUGUGACUCGCAGCGAAUAACCUAGUCUUGGACACAGCACAUUGUUAGUCGAGCAUAACGGCCUCUGAAUAAGAAUCAGAAAGGCAGUAUUUUUAUCUAAUUUACGUUUCAAAGUAAUACGUCGCGCAACAGCCGCCAAUCUCGACGCGAUGCGCGAAGUGCUCGCGGCUCGCGUGCGAGCCCGCGCGGCCGGCGAGAGGUUUCUCUCGAGCGCACGCGAGUUCUGCACGGCCGCCGUGGACAGUCGCUCGCCGUUGAACGGCAUACGGGUGUUGGAUCUCACGCGGAUCGUCGCCGGGCCUUACUGCACAAUGAUCCUGGGUGACCUCGGCGCGGAGGUCCUCAAGAUCGAGCGACCCGACGGCGGGGACGAGUCGCGCAAGUGGGGCCCGCCGUUCUUCCGCGGGACGCGAGAGUCCACCUACUUCAUGAGCGUCAACAGGAACAAGAAGAGCGUCUGCGUCGACCUGAAGAGGGGCAGAGAUGUGAUUUACGAGCUGGCGCGGACGUGCGACGUCCUGGUGGAGAAUUACGUGCCGGGAAAGCUGGCCGCCAUGGGCUUGGGCUACGAGGACGUGGCCAGGGUGGCGCCGCGGCUCGUAUACUGCUCGUUGACCGGCUACGGGUUCCACGGGCCGUACGCGAGUAGACCCGGUUACGACGUGAUCGCCGCUUCCCUGGGCGGCCUCCUGCACAUCACCGGGCCCAAGGACGGGCCACCGUGCAAGGUCGGCGUAGCGAUGACCGACCUGGCGACAGGGCUGUACGCUCACGGAGCGAUUAUGGCGGCUCUGCUGCAGAGGUCGAGGACCAACAGGGGCCAGUGGAUACAGUGCGACCUCCUGUCGACUCAAAUUGCAAGUCUGAUAAACAUCGCCUCGAAUUACUUGAAUGGAAAUAAGGAGGCGUCGAGGUGGGGAUCCGAGCACGAGAGCAUAGUUCCCUACGAGGCCUUCCCCACGAAGGAUGGAUACAUGACGAUCGGGGCAGGAAGCGACGCGCAAUUUAUCGAGCUGGUCAAAAGAUUGCAAAUGCCGGAACUCGCUACCGACGGCAAGUUUGAGAAUAAUAUAGCCAGAGUGAAAAACAGGACGGAGCUGCUCCGAAUUCUUAGAGGUGCGCUCAAAGAGAGGACAAAUCAGCAGUGGUCCGCGAUACUCGAGGGCGCCUCGUUUCCUUACGGCGCAGUAAAUACGAUAAGCGAGGUGUUCGACGAUCCCCACGUGAAACACACAAAGUUGGUUCGAGAAGUGGAUCAUCCAAUUGCGGGCAAAGUGAAACUUGUCGGGCCACCUGUAACAUACAGCUACGCUACCAAUGUAGUGCGAUCACCGCCACCGACGUUGGGACAACAUACAUUACAAGUUUUGAAAGAUAUACUAAACUAUUCCGAUGAUAAAAUAGAAAGUUUAAUAGCUCAAAAAAUCGUACGAUAAUUUAUGAGCACGAGUCCCUUUCUAUGUUUAUACAGCAGACAGAUGAAAAAUCCUGUUUAAAUAAGGUCUGCUUUAUAUAUAGUUAUUAUAUAUAUUAUAUAUUGUAUAGUUUACUCCUGUACAUCAGUUUUAUAUACUUUUACAUUGAAUUGAAAUAACGAAUAUUUCAUAAUAUUCUAUAUUAAUCGAAUUUCAGAGUAAAAUACAGUUUUUUGGGGGUACUUUUGAUAAUAAUGGCGAUGAAUGUACAUAAGAUUGUUAUAUCAAGAUGUAUUUUAUUGUAUUAUGUGCAUAUAUGUAUAUUUUAAGAUUUGUAUCUUAUUAUAUAUGUAUUUUAAGACUUAAACAUAUAUUACUUAUAAAGCGUGCACAAUGAAUAAAAACUUGUAAAGUU